AAAAAGACUAAAUCUGACAAUAAUAACAAUAAUAAUGAUUUCAUUUCACAGAGCACAAACCCGGCUAUUGUCGACCCCUCUUCUCGAUCAAAACCUAAAAACCAAAGAAAAGAGAAGUUCGCAGUGGGGAAAUUAUGGCUGAAGUGGAUCAAAGCUUUGUUGAACAUGAUGAGAAUCAUGAAGGAGAUCCAAGACCUGAAAAUCCAGUCCCUGAGGAACAAGUACCUGAGUAUGAAGUACCUGAAUAUCAAAUACCUAAUGAUGAAGUACCUGAAUAUCAAAUUCCUAAUGACGAAUUAGCUGAGGAGCAAGUACCCGAAGAGUCACAGCCUCAACAAAAAUUAGAACAUGAAGGGGAUUCAGCAGCUGCAGGUGGUGAAAAGAAAUGGCCAGGAUGGCCUGGAGAGAGUGUAUUCCGGAUGUUGGUUCCUGCACAGAAAGUUGGUAGCAUAAUUGGCCGCAAAGGGGAGUUCAUUAAGAAAAUUGUUGAGGAGACAAGAGCUCGCAUUAAGAUACUUGAUGGUCCUCCUGGGACAACAGAAAGAGCUGUGAUGAUAUCUGCUAAGGAGGAACCUGAUUCUUCUCUUUCUCCUGCUAUGGAUGGCCUUUUGAGGGUUCACAAGCGCAUAGUGGAUGGUUUGGAAGGUGACUCUUCUCAUCCGCCACCAGGAGGCAAGGUCUCGACAAGGCUCCUAGUCCCAGCUUCUCAAGCAGGAAGUUUGAUUGGUAAACAAGGAGGAACUGUUAAAUCUAUUCAAGAGUCAUCUAGUUGUAUAGUUAGAGUUCUUGGAGCAGAAGACCUGCCAGUCUUUGCUCUGCAAGAUGAUAGGGCUGUUGAAGUAGUCGGAGAUGCAGCUGGUGUACACAAAGCAAUAGAACUAAUUGCAUCUCAUCUCAGGAAGUUUUUAGUUGACCGCAGUAUUAUUCCUUUAUUUGAAAUGCAUAUGCAAAUGUCAAAUCCUCAAAUGGAGCACAUGCCACCUCAUCAAUCCUGGGGUCCGCCUCAAGGUCUUCCUCCAAAUGCUAGUGGAGGUCAUGGUUUUGGACCUAGUCCUCAGUACAUGCCAGCCCCACGGCAAGUUGACAGUUAUUAUCCUCCUGCCGACUUGCCUCCUCCAAUGGAGAAACAGCCUCAUCAGGGAAUAUCUGCGUAUGGAAGAGAAGCCCCAAUGGGUGUUCACGCAUCCUCGAAUGCCCAGUCAGCAUCAUCGAUGAUAACGCAGAUCACGCAGCAAAUGCAAAUUCCACUGUCUUAUGCUGACGCUGUUAUUGGGACAGCUGGUGCAAGUAUAAGCUAUAUUCGACGUUCUAGUGGGGCAACUGUGACUAUACAAGAAACCAGGGGUGUUCCUGGGGAAAUGACAGUCGAAAUCAGUGGAACUGCUUCACAAGUGCAAACUGCACAGCAGCUAAUACAGAAUUUUAUGGCUGAAGCUGCGGCUCCAUCACAGGCCCAAGUGGGUGGGUCGACAGACCAGGGUUAUAAUCCAUACGCAACUCAUAGUUCCAUGUAUGGUUCACCUCCUUCCAAUCCUGGCCACACAAGCCAUGCCGGAGGCUAUGGCUCAGUCUAUGGUUCAAACUAUGGUUACUAGGCUUGGCAGUUGGACUUAGUUUUUCAUAACUGGGACCUUAAAAUUUUUUAAAAUCUAGCUAGUAUGAAAAAAGGGAGUGUAAUUUGUUUGAGAACCAUAAUGUUGUACUCUGCUUCCGGUGAAAUUCUGUGUUAGGACAAAGCUACAUCUGUUAGAUUUUGUGUGUGCAUUAGGCUAGCCAUAGGGCUAUGCCAUAUAUUAUUUUUAACACUAAUUGAACGACAUAGUUCUUUGCUUCUGUGC